CCAAUUUACCGCUGCGCCAUCUCCGUCGCUACCGCCAAAAAGAAAAGAGCCCUUUGGUUGAGGCGGUCUCGAGCCCACAGCGGAUAUAAACCAUGUCUGAUCACGAAUUCGGUGGUACUGACGAUCUUUCGUUACCAAAGGCCACCGUUCAGAAAAUCGUCAGCGAGAUCCUACCGUCCUCAACCGGUAUUGCCUUUUCUAAGGAAGCGAGGGACCUGCUCAUAGAAUGUUGCGUCGAGUUCAUCACCCUUAUAUCCUCCGAGGCGAAUGAGAUCUCAGAGAAAGAGGCGAAGAAAACUAUCGCCUGCGACCACAUCACAAAGGCACUGGAACAGCUCGGAUAUUCUGACUACGUUCCUGCCGUGCUUGAGGCCGCUGCAGAGCAUAAAGAAGUCCAAAAAGGGCGAGAGAAAAAGGCAAACAAAUUUGAGCAGAGUGGGCUCUCGCUGGAAGAGCUUGAACGUCUGCAACAAGAGCAGUUUGCAGCAGCCGCUGCCAGACACACCUAAUCGGCAGCUUGGCAAUGACUGGGCCGCGGCUGACUUCGAUAUCGGGCACAAGCACCUGAUACCAUUGCCGCUCUUGAUUUUUUUGAUGGCGGGAACGACGGGAUUGCAUUUACUGGGCGUUAGACUGUGACAGCUGAGUGUCGCGGGGGGUUCUAGGUUUUGGUCGAUGGUCAUAAGGGAUUUUCGACAUCAUUCAAGCGCCGGCGUCAUAUUUGGGGGUUAAGCAGAGAUUUGCGGCUUUUGAGCGCUGAAAGCAUGUCGCAAAAUAGCCCAGGAAAUACUUUUGCGGC